AUGAGCGGCAAGCCAGUCGAAGUGCUUGUCUACGGACUGGGAGCAAUAGGUUCAUUCUAUGCCUUUGUUCUACGCCGUACUGGUAAAAUUCGGUUGACGGUCGUUGCUCGAUCUAAUUACGAUGCUGUCAAGGCGAACGGCAUCAAAAUUACAAGCGAAAAUCAUGGCGAACAUCAUGUCCGGGUAGAUCGAGUGGUGAGGACUGUCGCCGAAGCCGGGCAAAAGUUCGACUACAUCGUGUGUGCGCAUAAAGCCAUAGAUCAAGCCAGUGUCCCCUCGCAGAUCGAGCCUGGUGUCGACGAAAAGAGCACGACGAUCGUCAUCAUACAAAAUGGAGCUGGCAACGAGGAGCCCUUCCGUGUCACAUUUCCUACUGCAACUAUCAUAUCAUGUGUGACAUGGACCGGAGCCAGACAACCGCAGCCAGGAGUUGUGAUGCAUACGAAGUCUGAGGAUAUGCAAAUCGGACUGUUCCCCAACAAGAACGGUUGUCCUGCUCAGGAAGAAGAACGCCUCCAGCGAUUCGCUUCGUUGCUGACGGCUGGGCAGACAGUCUUUCAGGUUGUUCCCGAUAUCCAGGUGCAGCGGUGGGAAAAGGUGGUUUGGAAUGCUGCAUGGAACUCGUUGACUACCCUAACUCUACUUGACACACACGCCUGGCUCAACUCAUCCGACAACGCAACCCCACUGACGAGAAAGCUGAUGGGCGAGGUCAUUGCCGUCGCCGAAGCUUUGGGCGUCGCGCUUGACGACGAGCUGAUCGACCGGCUAAUCACUAAGAUCAAAGCGAUGCCGCCAAUAGGGAGCAGCAUGCGGACAGACUAUGAAAACGGCAAGCCUAUGGAGGUUGACAUAAUCCUUGGAUAUCCUGUGAGAAAGGGGAGGGAGCUCGAGAUUAACGUGUCGACCAUUGAGACCAUUUAUGUAAUCUUGACGGCGAUCAACAAGAGACUCAUGGCUGCAUCAACAUAG